GUACGGUAUAUCGUAAGGUUCCCGACAUGGCGUCACUGACGUACGUAUUCAGCCCUCUUUAGCUUCUAAACGAGCAAGAAGUCACUUGACAAAAAAAUUUAAAAGUUUCACCAUUGUCAAUUGUGCAUAACUAACCAAAAAGUAUAUUGUUUUAUUAUUCUUAUCUAAGUUAAAAUGGGUGUGCUAUUGUAGAAUCGGGAAUCGAAAGCGGGCUGGUCUGGUCAAAUAUACGAAAGAGGGAACAAAAUAAGAUACAAAUAAGAAAGAAUAAAAAUAAAAAAUGUCUCUAAGCGACCACCCAAAAGCCUACGGCACCGCCGCCGUAGCUGUCGCAUUCACCGCUGGAGUCUUCGUCACCCUCGGCUUCAAAGACUUAUACCCUGACUUAGAGCGGCGGUUUCAGCAGCGGGGUACACGGCGGAUCCAACGCGGCGUCGGUGAUACCCGCAGAACAAGUCUAUUCUGGGGUGGUCCCGUAGAGCUCAAAGAUCACGAAGUACCAGAGACCUUGGUCCCACGCGACGAGGGUGUCAGCGACGGCAUUGAGGGGUGCAUCGGGCGGACGCCGUUAAUCCGGAUCCAUAGCCUCUCCGAGGCCACAGGACGUACUAUCCUAGCUAAGGCCGAGUUCUUAAAUGGCGCUGGCAAUAGUCCCAAGGACAGGGUUGCGCUUAAUAUGAUCCAAGUCGCUGAAGAGGAAGGAUUCCUUAAGCCCGGGCGUGGGGAUACCAUCUACGAGGGCACGGUGGGCAGUACCGGGAUUAGCAUUGCGGCGUUGGCACGUGCCAAGGGAUACCGCGCGCAUAUCUGUAUGCCAGAUGACCAGGCCCGUGAGAAAUCAGACCUACUACACCACUUAGGCGCGACAGUCGAGCGCGUUCCCGUGCAGCCUAUUACUUCCCCCGAGCAUUUCGUGAACCUAGCGCGCCGCCGAGCAGCAGAGCACACAAACUCCAGCGCCGACUCCAGCGUCGGCUUCUUCGCAGACCAAUUCGAGUCUCCCUCCAACUGGCAAGCGCAUCUCAAAACCACCGGCCCAGAGAUUUACGCGCAGACUCGUGGACAUAUCGACGCCUGGGUAGCGGGUGCUGGUACAGGGGGCACCAUAUCGGGAGUAGCCAAGUACCUGAAAGAAGAAGCCAAGCUCAAAAAGCUAAAGGUAGUGCUAGCAGAUCCGCAGGGCAGCGGGCUAUACAACAAGAUCCGACACGGAGUCAUGUACUCGAGCACGGAGAAGGAGGGCACGCGGCGGCGACAGCAAGUCGACACGAUAGUAGAGGGCGUGGGGAUCAACAGGAUCACGGAGAACUUCGAGGCCGGGCGGGACUUGAUCGACACGGCGGUGCGGGUGACGGACGAGCAGGCGUGCAAGAUGGCGCGGUGGCUGGUCGAAAACGACGGAAUCUUCUGCGGCAGCAGCAGCGCCGUAAACUGCGUUGCCGCCGUCGUCACGGCACUCUCGCUUCCCGAGGGCAGCCAGGUCGUCACCGUGCUAUGCGAUUCCGGGACGAGACACCUGAGCAAGUUCUGGAAGCAGAUCGCGGAGAUGGGCCUAGAAGACGAGCCUAAGCCGGAUAAUCUACUGACUCUACUAGGUAUCGAGAAGCCAAGGUGAGGGGGAUAUCUAUUUACGGUACCGGCCGAUACAGGCCUAGGUUACAAAGUACAUGGGAUUACACUACUAGCUUCUUGUUAGGCAAAUUCCCAAUCAAUGCCAUUGAUCUAUGGUACAGCAGGUUGCCUAGCAUCUAGGUUAAGCCACUUGGUAGGGAGGAACAUAUUACGUUGGCAAACAAAGCCAGCCCUCAAUCUCGGAACAGCGCAGAGUUAGAAAAAAAAUAACGUCUUCCGGCCUGGUCAACGAAUAGAAUCCUUAACUCCACGCAAACUCAAACGCAACCAAUCUCAAAAAUAAAGCAACCUGGUCGUCGACCGAAUCCGAGACGCCUGCCAUGAGACACCUGCCAUCUAUGAUGCCACGGCGCGUAAUGCUUAUGAACCUCAUGCAACUUCAUGAGAGACCGUAUCCGUGCUGCAAUUUGGAAAGGCCAAACCAGGUAAAGAUAGGUAGAUAAGCCAAGACGUAGUGAUCAAGAGAACUGUACCGGAUAAGUUAGUACGCGUAUUACUCAAGAAAAAUACAAGUAGAAACAUAAAAGCUC